AUGGAGAGCUACCUGAACCAGAACUUCGGUGGGGUGAAGUCGAAGAACUCGCCGGAGGAGUCGCUCCAGCGAUGGAGGAAGCUCGUCGGCGUCGUCAAGAACCCCAAGCGCCGCUUCCGCUUCACUGCCAACCUCUCCAAGCGCUCCGAGGCCGCCGCCAUGAUGCGGUCGAAUCAGGAGAAGUUACGAGUUGCCGUUCUGGUUUCAAAAGCUGCAUUGCAAUUUAUCCAUGGUAUCGCAUUGCAGAGUGAAUACACUGUACCUAAUGAAGUGAAGGAAGCAGGCUUCCAAAUUUGCGCUGAUGAACUGAGCUCCAUAGUUGAAGGCCAUGAUGUGAAGAAGUUGAAGAUACAUGGUGGUAUAGAUGGUGUUGCGGACAAACUCUCCACAUCCAUUACCAACGGUCUAACUACUGCUGACGAGAGUUUGAGACACAGGCAAAAUGUUUAUGGAGUGAAUAAAUUCACGGAGAGCGAGGUUCGGAGUUUUUGGGUAUUCGUCUGGGAAGCGCUUCAAGACAUGACUCUCAUGAUCCUUGCCGUGUGUGCUGUUGUUUCUCUAGUUGUUGGCAUUGCCACAGAAGGAUGGCCAAAAGGUGCACAUGAUGGCCUUGGAAUUGUCAGUAGCAUACUUUUAGUCGUCUUUGUGACUGCAACUAGUGAUUAUCGACAGUCUUUACAGUUCAGAGAUUUGGAUAAAGAGAAGAAGAAGAUAUCCAUACAGGUUACACGGGAAGGAUUUAGGCAGAAACUUUCAAUAUAUGAUCUACUUCCUGGUGAUAUAGUUCACCUUGCCAUUGGAGAUCAAGUUCCUGCUGAUGGGUUGUUUGUGUCUGGAUUUUCCUUGUUGAUUAAUGAAUCUAGUCUUACAGGAGAGAGUGAACCCGUUGCUGUGAAUGCUGACAACCCAUUUCUUCUCUCUGGAACUAAGGUCCAAGAUGGAUCCUGUAAAAUGCUAGUAACUACUGUUGGCAUGAGAACACAAUGGGGUAAGCUGAUGGCCACCCUCAGCGAGGGAGGAGAUGAUGAAACUCCAUUACAGGUCAAACUGAAUGGAGUUGCAACUAUUAUAGGGAAAAUUGGAUUGGCAUUUGCAGUUGUGACAUUUGCUGUGCUAGCUGAAGGACAACUUAGACGCAAGUUUCAAGAGGGUUCACACUGGACCUGGUCAGCAGAUGAUGCGUUGGAGUUGCUGGAGUAUUUUGCCAUUGGAGUCACUAUUGUAGUGGUUGCAGUUCCCGAAGGAUUGCCCUUAGCUGUAACCUUGAGCCUUGCUUUUGCCAUGAAGAAGAUGAUGAAUGAUAGAGCACUAGUCCGCCAUCUUGCUGCUUGUGAGACUAUGGGCUCAUCUACAUCAAUUUGCAGUGACAAGACAGGUACAUUAACAACCAAUCACAUGACUGUAGUGAAAGCUUGUAUAUGUGGAAGUAUCAAGGAGGUUGGUAAUCAUGAAGAGGUCAAAAUUAUGUGUUCCCAGGUUCCAGAUGUUGUUGUAAAAGUGCUCAUGCAAUCUAUCUUUAAUAACACUGGUGGAGAAGUUGUCAUCACCCAAUAUGGAAAGCUUGAAAUUCUUGGAACACCAACUGAGACUGCACUGUUGGAAUUUGGCUUGUCGCUUGGUGGGGAUUUCCAGGCUGUGCGCCAAGAAACUAAGCUUGUAAAAGUGGAACCAUUUAAUUCCAUGAAAAAGAGAAUGGGAGUGGUUAUCGAGCUUCCAGGAGGAGGAUGCCGGGCCCAUUGUAAAGGUGCUUCAGAAAUUAUAUUGGCAGCUUGUAGUAAAGUUUUAGAUCCUGCAGGUAAUGCUGUCCCACUUGAUGAAGCAACAGUUGGUCAUCUCAACGGUGUAAUUGAAAGUUUUGCUAACGAAGCACUUCGCACUCUCUGCCUUGCCUAUAUGGAAGUUGAGAAUGGUUUUGCAGCUGAUGAUCAUAUCCCUGUUGAUGGAUACACUUGUAUUGGAAUUGUUGGCAUCAAAGAUCCUGUCCGACCAGGUGUAAAAGAGUCUGUUGCAAUUUGUAGGUCUGCUGGAAUUACAGUUAGAAUGGUUACAGGGGAUAAUAUAAACACAGCAAAGGCUAUUGCUCGAGAAUGUGGUAUUCUUACUAAUGAUGGACAGGCUAUUGAGGGUCCUGAGUUCAGGAAUAAGAGUAUAGAGGAAAUGAGGGAUUUGAUUCCAAAACUUCAGGUAAUGGCUAGAUCUUCACCUCUCGAUAAACACACUUUGGUGAAGCAUCUGCGCACUGUGUUCUGUGAAGUUGUUGCUGUGACUGGCGACGGCACAAAUGAUGCACCAGCACUUCGCGAGGCUGAUAUUGGCCUUGCAAUGGGUAUUGCAGGGACUGAGGUAGCUAAAGAAAGUGCUGACGUUAUUAUUCUUGAUGACAACUUCUCAACUAUUGUAACUGUGGCAAAAUGGGGCCGGUCUGUAUACAUAAACAUUCAAAAGUUUGUACAGUUUCAGCUGACUGUUAAUAUUGUUGCUCUAAUAGUGAACUUCUCUUCAGCCUGCUUAACUGGACAUGCUCCCCUCACUGCUGUUCAACUGCUUUGGGUGAACAUGAUUAUGGAUACACUUGGGGCACUUGCAUUAGCCACUGAGCCACCUAAUGAUGAAUUGAUGAAAAGGACUCCUGUUGGAAGAAAAGGCAAUUUUAUUAGCAAUGCAAUGUGGAGGAACAUCGUAGGACAAUCCUUUUACCAGUUUAUAGUAAUAUGGUAUCUCCAGAGAGAGGGGAAAGUGCUGUUUCGACUUGAGGGCCCUGAAUCUGAUCUUGGACUAAAUACCCUCAUUUUCAAUUGCUUUGUCCUUUGUCAGGUGUUCAAUGAGAUCAGCUGCAGAGAGAUGGAAAAGAUAAAUGUUUUUCAUGACAUAUCAGAGAAUUAUGUAUUCGUGGCUGUCAUUUCUUGCACCAUCAUCUUCCAAUUCAUAAUUGUUCAGUUUCUUGGAGAUUUUGCAAGCACAACGCCAUUGACUUUAUCACAGUGGCUUGUCUGUGUGUUCAUUGGGUUUCUUGGUAUGCCCAUUGCUGCUGUCAUCAAAAUGGUGCCUGUGUAAUCCAAGUAAGGAAUCGGUGCCUUUGGAGAUAACCCUAUUUUUUUCGAAGUUUUUUUUUUCGUGAAACUACCUACCUCCAUGGGUUUUUGAUGAGGAGACCAUGGGGCCAGUUGCAUGAAAGUGAUAGAAAAACAUCAGAAUAAUUGUAACUUUCUUUUAUUGUUUUUUCCUCUUAAUCUUUAAGGCCUAGUUAACUUUGUGCUGUUGCUUGAAGGGCCUCUUGUUCAAAGGCAAACAUGUCCUUAUGAAGGGGUCUAUAUAAGGUCGAUGAUUUAUUUUCUUUCAUUCUGAAUUAUGAUUCUGUCUGUAUCUUUAUAUUAACCUAG